CCUCUCUCUCUCUCUCUAUCUCUCUAUCUCUCUCUCUAUAUAUAUAAAGCAGAGCCGCGGCAGCGACGGAGCAAGUGGAGUACGCCACCGAGGAGGCGGUGUAGCGAGAAAGAGAAUGGGAAGCCGGAAACAGAAGGAGAAGCGGCGUUCGGACAGAAAGGAGGCUUUAGCUCCCAAGAAAGCCAAGACGAAAUCUAGUAAACCGAAAGCAAUCAAAUCUGAUAGCAUUAGCGAAGAAGAAGAAGCCAAUGAAGCCACCGAAAGUCAAACCGGCAUUAUUGUUCCGGCAGAAGACCAGCUGAGGUUCUUCGUCGAUCUGUACCAAUCGGCCAAUGCCGUUCGUCUCUCCUCCCUCGAGCUCAAUUCUAUCGACGAUAGAUGCAUUCUUGAGCUAUCUCAAGGCCUGGAUCAAAGUGCUAGCAAUUUGGGAGAGCAUAUGAAAACUGCUUUUGGAUCUUCCUGGAAAGAGGUGCUUUGUGAAAAGCAGCUAUUGGAAGGAAAAAUUGAUCCUGGGAAUCCAGCUCUUCUUGUAAUUAGUAUAUCUGCUUUGAGAUCAUUAGAACUUCUCAGGGGUUUGCGGUCUUUGACAAGAGAAUGCCCUGCUGCAAAGCUAUUUUCAAAACAUAUGAAGAUUGAGGAUCAGGUGUCUUUUUUGAAGAACCGAGUUAAUUUUGCUUGUGGCACCCCAAGCAGGAUCAAGAAGUUGAUUGACAUGGAGGCACUGGGGCUAACACGAUUGGCUGCAAUUGUACUUGACAUGCAUACAGAUGUUAAGGGUUAUUCCUUGUUCACACUUCCGCAAGUCAGGCAUGAGUUUUGGGAUUUAUACCAGAGUUAUUUUCACCAAAAACUAGUUCAAGGCAAUCUCCGUAUGUGUCUCUACGGUCCAUUACCUGAUAUCUCAAGGUCAAAGAAAAAGGAUUCCUGAUGAUAACAGCAUCCACCCAUUCCUCGGACCAACCUUUGUGCAUGUCUCCAUUCUAGUUUUUGUCUUUAAUUUGUAAGAGUGUUACAUAUUGAGCUUUUUGUUCUUUGUAUCUGAACUAUUAUUCAGUUACCCAAUGUCUUGGUGGCAGGGAUACUUACUAGAUGAGAACUGGUCCUUAACUAUAUGCUUUUGGAGGUUGUAAAGUACAUGUUGUAGCUUAACUAUUUGAGAGGAUUACAAGUC